AAUCUGCUGCUCAUCACGAAAGCUACGAAAGGCUGAGCAUUGUCCGCUCUGGCUGUGGGCUGUUGUUCAGCGAGCGGGAUGCAUCUUAUUUCAUGAACCGUGGAAGACAAAGAGCAGUGACUCCGACGACAUUGUCUGCGAGUGAUGCUGUUGUAGGCUGGACACUGUUUGGCUGUGAAAUCUCGUCGGAUAGUUGUCUAAUAUACGUGGUGGACGCCAUUUUCUCCUCGUCUCUCUGGUGGUGAAUGUGCACUUCUCCCACAAGGAAGCGUUCAUUAAACCAACCUUGUGGUUUCCUUCGGACUGUCUGUGGCUGCAACGGACUCUUCGUCGGCACCCUGUUGUUGGGAUAACGGUUCUGAGCCAACGUUAGGGGUGCAGGAACAGCAUAUUCCCCCUGUGCGGACGUGACUAGCGACGCUGGGUGGAAGAGGUACCAUGGAGCGAGACACUAAUCAGAUGUCGCAAAGUGGGGCCUUGUGCCGGUCUGGUUGUGGUUUUUAUGGCAGCCCAGCCACGGACGGUCUCUGUUCACAAUGCUACAAGGAUGCCCUGAAGCGCAAACAGGCAGCUGGUAGGGGCAGCCCAACAGUGUCAGGAGUGAUGUCUUCGCUUGGGCUUGCAGCUUCGUCGUCUUCUUCAACCAGCGAGAGUGCCUCUUCCGCCAGCGUCGUGGCAGUGUCUGACGCUGCCCUCAACACAGCUAGCCCCACAGUUCCUCCCGUCCUGGCCUCCACUUCCCAGGAUGCAGCCGUCAGCGAGGCCUGUUGCUUGUUGCAGAAGGCAGACCUGAACCUGGAUGCAUGUGGUGCAACAUCAAAAUCGGCAGAGAGUGUGACCUCUGAAACAGGCAGCCAGCAGGAUGACCAAAAGGACCAGAAGAAAAAGAAGAACCGGUGUCGGAUAUGCCGCAAAAAGGUCGGCCUCACGGGCUUCCAGUGUCGCUGCGGAGGCCUCUUCUGCAGCCUGCACAGAUAUUCCAACGAGCAUGACUGUACGUUUGACUAUAAAGAAAUGGGUGCUCAGGAGAUCCGAAAGAACAAUCCUGUGGUUGUCGGGGACAAGAUCCAGAAGAUUUGAGGGCCUGCACGUGUAGGGUGCUGCAUCCUUUUUUGGUCCGUGGGGGAGGGGUCGUGUGCUCACAAGGAGAGCAGAAGAAAAAAAAAAGCAUCACGCAAGCAAGAUUGCAGCCAAGUUUUUCUUUUCCUUUGAAACUUUGUGGCCCUCUUUCCUAGCCUGUCUUUUGACUUUUUCUCUUCCCUUACAUUGUCGUAUGCCAUUGCCACUUGCUGCUGCCAUUGCUGCCACCGUCAUGACAGCCACAUACUUUUCUUUCUUUUUAAAAAUAUUGUGAAUGUAAAGCACAUUUCGUUUUGUCAGUUUUCGCUAGUGCUGCUACUGCUUUUUCUACUCUCUGUCUCUCAUCCACUUGACAUGAUUUUAGCAGGAACAAAAGCAGACCAAGAAGUGUUAGGUACAUUUAAGAAAUUAAUAGUGUGCCCAGCCUCCGGUGCACUUAUUGUAAAGAUUUGUCUUCUCCUUUUCUCUCUGCAUGUCUUGCUUCUUCUUGUUUGUGUGAAAUAGGUGUGGUUUUCUUUUUAUUUGGAGUGAAUGCAUGUGUGUGCGUGUGUAUGUGUGUGUGACAGGACUGACUUGCCCUCAUGCCCCGUGCCCUGCCGUUGUGCUUACACUAGUGUGAACGUGUGUAGUUGGAUCAGCUUUUUUUUUUUCUUUAUCUUCGUGGGCACCAUUGAUGUGCAGGUGUCACUGCCUGUUCGAAAAAUAUUUGGCAGUACACUUCAGGAUUUUAGCUUUUUUUCCCCCUUCAUAGACCUGACUGGGUUGUCCCAGUGUGAUGUGUUGCAGUGAAAAGGUGUUGCACUGUUGUGUAAUGUUGGUGGCUCAUCCAUACUUUUACGUUCCCUGCUUGUUAAGUGAAAGUGGAAGCUACGCAUAGCGACCAGGGCUGCUGGAAGCCAGUGUUUCUUUUUUUUUUUUUUCACAGCUAGGCCGAGUGCAGAAAUUUUCCACAGCAUAAGUUUUUGGGCCUUUGUUUCUUCCCAAGUGGUGGUCUGUUCGAUGGAUUAGUCACAAAUGCAGACUUGCAUGUCACUGGUUAGCAGGGCUUGGAGGUUUAACGCAGAAGUGGCGAGCUUGUAGUAGCAAGCUGUCGAAAGAUGCAGAGUAUAUGAUUUAAAACGGCUGCUAAGAUGUUUUAUGCAGUUUUGGUAGCAAAGGUGUAAAGCAAGUCUUCGGGUACACUGCAAUUUUUUUUGUACACUGUGAACUGUGUGUUUUCUUCUGCAUGGUUUAUAGUCCGAAAGUCUUCUGACUGCUGUUUGACCUUGGCGGUACAAAGUUAGCACAGUAAAAUCUGCCUAUACUUUUUGUGUGUGUGUGUGUGUGGUGUGAGCGCUGUUUUGGCGCUAUGGCCGGUCAUUCACUUGGUUAUUGGUAAAAUUAUACUGUGCAGUGGUAACUGUCGAAGUUGAGACUUGUUUCUUUUACUAGUAAUAGGCAGUGGUUACGGAAUGCGGAGACCACUUUGUAUUAUAUCUUCUUGUACAAAUAAACAUUUCGAAAUCA